AUGCUGCUCGGCAUCCUGGCGGCGAGCGUGACGUACCAGGCGGGUCUCGCGCCCCCUGGCGGCACGUGGGGCGACGACGACAAGGCGGCGGCGUCGCCGUCGCCGUCGCCCUCGCCUUCGGCGUACCUCAUCGAGGCCGGCAACCCGAUCCUCUUUAGCACCAACAAGCAAAGGUACCAGGCCUUCUUCUACUGCAACGCGACGUCGUUCGUGGCGUCCGUCGUCGUCAUCAUGCUGCUGCUGCAGCGGAACAUGGAGCGGCGAGGCGCGCCGCUGUGGGCGAUACAGACCGCCGUGGUGCUGGACCUGCUCGGCCUGCUGGGCGCCUACGCCGCCGGCAGCUGCAGGGACUGGGAGACGUCCGCCUACGUCAUCGCGCUCGUCGCCGUCGUCGUCAUCUUCAUCACGGUGCACGUCCUGCUGUCCAUCCAAGUCGUGAUGACCAAGGUCAGGAAUCUCAAGGUGUACAAAAAGUGCUUCGGUUCUUCGGAGAUUCCUCCGGAGAAAGCAACUAAUGCUGACCAGGUCAGCGGCAACGCUGCCAGUGCGUAA